UACUGACUGGGCCAUCAGUGGCUUAACUUCGGAGAUCGGACGGGUUCCGGUGCUUUUCACUGUGUAUGGCCGUAACUGUUUGAAUUCAGAAAACAUUAAUACUUAUAAUUAUGUUAUUUUAAAAAAAGAAAAAACCGAAAAUACUUCGCAAAUUAAUGGAAAUCCUUGUAGGAAUAAUAAUGUUUCCGAUAUCAAGGAGUUCAAGAACGCAAAUUCGAAUGUCUUUGAAACAAUCGAGACUUUUGAAAUCAACCUAUGUACGCUUGAGGAUAACGACAAUGAAAUUUUAAUGGUUGAAACAAAAAAGAUUGAUAGUACUAUAACAACACCGCCAGAAAAUCGAAUUCAUAUUAUUGUAGAAAUACCCGUUAAUACUGGUGAUUAA